AUGGUAGCCACCGAGGGCGCCACCCAGCGUGAACGAAAUCGACAGAUUGUUACUCGUUACUGGGAGGAGUUCUGGACCAAGGGAAACACAGAUAUCGUUGAUGAGCUCUGUGCUGAUGAUUAUGUCGUGUUCUAUCCAUUGCAUGGUAGAAUGGUGGGGAAAGAGGCUGUGAAGCAAAUGUUGACCAGCUUCAAAACGGCAUUUCCAGAUAUCUCAUUCAAGCUUCUCUCCCCAUUCCCCGUCAUCGCCGAAGAAGAUUAUGUUGUUGCUCGCUGGUUCGGUGGAGGCAAGCACACAGGCGAGGCUUUUUUGGACUUCCCAAUUGGGGGUUUGCCUCAAGCCAAUUCUGGCAAGGAAAUGCGCUUUUCUGGAACGACAGUGUUCACUCUAAAAGAUGGCAAAAUUGUAGAAGAGAUCGGUGAAGAGUCUGCACUCUCUGCUCUGCAACAGCUCGGGCUGAUACAGGGGAACGUGGGACCUCAAGUUGAUAGUAAAACGCGAUAG